AUGGCGUCAAACUCGAUCAAGCUUUUGACUGGUAACAGUCACCCCGAGCUUGCUGAGCUCGUUGCCAAGAGACUCGGCAUUGAGUUGACCAAGAUUAUGGUCCUGCAGUAUUCGAACCAGGAAACUAGUGUCACAAUUGGUGAAAGUGUACGAGACGAAGAUGUCUUCAUUCUGCAAUCCACUCGACCCAACGACAUCAACGACGGGCUUAUGGAGCUCCUGAUCAUGAUCAACGCCUGCAAGACUGCCUCGGCCCGCCGCAUCACGGCCGUCAUUCCCAACUUCCCCUAUGCGCGCCAGGAUAAGAAGGACAAGAGUCGUGCGCCCAUCACCGCCAAACUUAUGGCAAACAUGCUCCAGACUGCGGGCUGUAACCAUGUCAUCACCAUGGACCUCCACGCAAGCCAGAUCCAAGGUUUCUUCAAUGUCCCAGUUGACAACCUGUAUGCUGAACCUAGCAUGCUGAAGUGGAUUCGGGAGAACCUGGAUGUGCAAAACUGUGUCAUCGUCAGUCCCGACGCCGGUGGUGCGAAGAGAGCUACCGGCAUCGCCGAUCGCCUUGACUCGCAAUUCGCUUUGAUUCACAAGGAGCGUCCCCGUCCCAACGAAGUCUCGCGAAUGGUUCUCGUCGGAAACGUUAAGGACAAGGUUGCUAUCAUCGUGGACGACAUGGCCGACACAUGUGGAACUCUCGCCAAGGCCGCCGACACCGUUAUGGAGCAUGGAGCUAAGGAAGUUAACGCUAUUGUUGUUCACGGAAUCCUGUCUGGCAAUGCCAUUGACAACAUCAACAACAGCUGUCUCAAGAGGAUCGUCGUCACCAACACUGUGCCUCACGAGGAAAAGAAGGAAAUUUGCGACAGAAUCGAGACCAUCGACAUCAGUCCUACACUUGCCGAGGCUUGCAGACGUACCCACAACGGAGAGUCAGUAAGCUUCUUGUUCUCGCACGCUGUCGCAUAA